AUGAUUCUUUUGGCAUUGGCUCUAUUCCCAAUUUUUUCUGCUAUUGAAAUAAUUAGAAUAAAAGAUGAUCAUAAUUGUACAGAGUGGAAUCCCAAUGGAUUUGUCUAUUCGUGGCAAGCAGUUGCUUGUCAAGAUGUCGCAGAUGAGAGUUACUGUAAAUCCAGAUACCCCAGUAUGUAUUACCCUGCGAUAGGUGGUGGAGUUAACCGACCCAUGCAAUGUUACACGUUCGCAUCUACCCCACCUGGGACUAUUGAUGAAGAUGCGAAAGCUGCAGCAAUAGCAUUGUGCCCAAAAACAUGUGGUUAUUGUUGUCAAACCCAUGCCUUCAAUUGCCAAGAUAAGAAUGUGAACAUGGCUUGCUGGACAGUAACCCAAGCACAAUGCGUAUCUCCACAAUGGCGUGACUUCUUGGCAGAAGAAUGUCCAGCGACAUGCGGUUACUGUGGCGACUGCUAUGAUUUGAAUCCUGAGUGUCCAAAAGCUCCGGAGGUUUGUACGAAUCCACGAAUGCAAGAUUAUGUCAAUUUGAAUUGUCGUCGGACAUGCAAGAGAUGUACGACAGGAUUUACUACAACAUCUACACAACGCCCGACGGCUUCUCCAUCUACAAAGACUUCUCCUUUUACUAAGACUUUCACAAGACCGCUAACUAAUUUUUAG